AUGUCAAAUACAGGUACUACAGCUUCAAACAAGAGCGCAGCUUAUGAUUAUCUCAUCAAGUUAUUACUCAUUGGUGACAGUGGUGUAGGAAAGAGUUGUUUAUUAUUACGUUUCUCUGAAGAUUCUUUCACACCAAGUUUCAUUACCACCAUUGGUAUUGAUUUUAAGAUCCGUACAAUUGAAUUGGAAGGAAAGAGAAUUAAAUUACAAAUUUGGGAUACUGCCGGUCAAGAAAGAUUUAGAACUAUCACUACUGCCUAUUACCGUGGUGCUAUGGGUAUUUUAUUGGUAUAUGACGUUACUGAUGAAAAAUCAUUUGGAAAUAUUAGAAAUUGGAUUAGAAAUAUCGAACAACAUGCUACCGAAUCUGUAAACAAAAUGUUAAUUGGAAACAAAUGUGAUUUGCCAGAGAAAAAGGUUGUUGAUAGCUCAAGAGGAAAAGCUCUUGCCGAUGAAUAUGGAAUUAAGUUUUUGGAAACUUCUGCCAAGAACAGUAUAAAUGUAGAAGAAGCCUUUAUCAGUUUGGCAAAGGAUAUUAAGAAGCGUAUGAUUGAUACUCCAAACGAACCAAAUAACCAAACUGGUAACGCACAACUUUCUGAUACCGCACCCGCUAAACAAAAGAAUUGUUGCAAAUAA